CUAGCAAAACCGCCAGGGCAGAUACCGUACUCUUUCCAUCUUUCCCCAAACGGGCUUAGUCCUGUAUCUGCCUGACUCCGCCGGCGUCAUUUCUGCUGUUUUUGCGGCCGCAUCUCUCUCGAGCUUCACUCUUCUCUUCACAAGCUCCCCUUCUGGUGAUUGUGUGCUCGACUGCUGCCUCUCACCUCGAGUUGUAGCCUCCAUCUUUCUACACUCAUCUCUUCUUUUUAACCUUCCUUCCGCUUCUGCGAAUUCAAUCGCAUCUCCUCCUCAAUUACCCCGCGACACCCCUCCAGCUUUGCUUCUUCCGCCUCCCGAUAUCACCUCUCCAAUUAGUCAACAUUCCCUUCGUUAAACAUUACACAAUGUCCACUGAGAACAACGAGACCGGUGGCUCUUUGGCUGACCGUAUCACCAAACCUGAUGAGGCUUCCGAGCCCGCCACCACCACGACCGACACUCCUACAAAGUCAAGCGAUGAUGGUGCCGGAACCGCACUCCAGGGUUCGGCCCUCCAGGAGCCCGAGUACCAGGUUGAGGUCAAGCUCAGCGACCUGCAGGCGGACCCUAACAACCCCCUGUACUCUGUCAAGAGCUUCGAAGAUCUUGGGCUUGACCCACGUAUCCUCAAGGGCCUCUCAGCCAUGAGCUUCCGCAAACCCUCCAAAGUGCAAGAGCGCGCACUCCCUCUGUUGAUGCAAAAUCCCCCAAGGAACCUUGUUGGACAAUCCCAGUCCGGAACUGGCAAGACUGCCGCCUUCGUCCUGAAUGUCCUGAGCCGUGUCGACCUUUCCACUGAGGAAAUGCAGGCCACUCCUCAGGCCCUGAUCCUGGCCCCCACCCGUGAGCUUGCUCGUCAGAUUGUCGGUGUUAUUCAGUCGAUGGGACAAUUCCUCGACGGUCUUAGCAUUGGAACUGCUGUCCCCGCCGAUGCUUCCGCUCGGCCGACUCGCAUGACUGCCGCUGUUGUGGUUGGAACUCCCGGUACUGUCCAGGACAUGGUCAAGAGACGUAUCCUCAAUCCCACUCGUCUCAAGGUCCUGGUUCUAGAUGAAGCCGACAACAUGCUUGACCAGCAGGGUCUUGGGGACCAGUGUAUUCGAGUCAAGGCAAUGCUCCCUCGCACUAUCCAAGUUGUGCUCUUCUCUGCCACUUUCCCGGCCCACGUUCACCGGUACGCUGCCAAGUUUGCUCCGGAUGCGAACGAGAUCACUCUUCAUCACGAGGAGUUGACUGUCGAGGGUAUCAAGCAGCUGUACAUGGACUGCAACAGUGACGAGGAGAAAUACUCCAACCUUGUCCAGCUCUAUGGUUUGCUGACUGUUGGCUCGUCGAUCAUUUUCGUCAAGACUCGUGCCUCUGCUGUUGAGAUUGAGAAGCGCAUGACCGCUGAGGGACACACUGUCGCUUCCCUUACCGGUGGUAUCGAGGGAUCCCAGCGUGAUGCCGUCAUUGAUGCCUUCCGCAAUGGCGAGGCCAAGGUUCUCAUCACGACCAAUGUUCUCGCCCGUGGAAUCGAUGUAUCCACCGUAUCCCUUGUUGUCAACUACGAUAUUCCUGAGAUCAUGGGCCCUAACCGCAAGCGCGAGCCCGAUUACCAGACCUACCUGCACCGUAUUGGUCGUACCGGUCGAUUUGGCCGCAUCGGCGUAGCCAUCUCCUUUGUCUCCAACCGGGAGGAGUGGGAUAUGCUUCGCCAGAUCCAGCAGCACUUCAGCUGCCAAAUUGACCGCAUCGACACCAGCGACUGGGAUGAGGUCGAGCGGAUGAUCAAGAGAACGAUUAAAAAUUCGCGUGCCCAGGCCCAAUUCGCCAAGCCCCAGUGAGACUUGACGAAGCAUGUGGAGUUACGCCAACAGGGAAGCUCCCCAUGAUCUAGCUACGGACGAUGGUCGUGCCCCUUGAUGGACUGCCUGGCUUAGAACAUAAACGAAAGACUAACGAAUUCUCUUUUUUUUUUCGCCUCCCCUGCUUUAUGCUUAUGAUCUGGGGCUUUCUUGGAGCAGAGAUAAUAGAUACCAAACAAUGAAUUUAGUUUUCAGCCUCCCAGACGCCUUUUUUUUUCUCUUUUUUGGCCACCUUUCUU